AACAAAUUUGAGAGAAGGAAUUCCAAUCCUUUCAACUAUAUAAACUACCAAAUCCAACUUCUUUUUCUCAUCCACACCAAAUAGCAAGCAGUAAGUUCUUUUGUAUUAAAACAAUAUGGCCUCCUUCAAGUAUUCCUUCUUCAUUGCUUUGUUGCUUUUUUCAAGCAUGACUGUUGGCUUAGCAGCUCGCAAUCUCUUAGCACCUCAAUUGCCACCAUUGCCUGCCAUCCCAACUGAUCUGCCUCCGCUGCCAAGUAUUCCAACUAAACUGCCACCAUUGCCUACCAUACCAACUGAUCUACGUCCGCUGCCAAGUAUUCCAACUAAACUGCCACCAUUGCCUGCCAUCCCAACUCUGCCUCCCCUGCCAGGUAUUCCAACUAAACUUCCACCAUUGCCUGCCACCCCAACUGAUCUGCCUCCGCUGCCAAGUAUUCCAACUAAACUGCCCCCAUUGCCAAGGAUUCCCUUAAUUCCAGUCGCUGCUGCCCCACCUGGAUAUAACAUUAUUCACCAUCCUUAG